CCUGAUACCAUCCCAAUAUACUUUUUGCCCACGAUAAACACGAAGAAAUGCUGGGCCUUUCAACAUAUUCGAUCCAUCUCAGCCUGCUUGCCUCCACGAACGUUUACCGAUGUAGCCCACCCAACCCACGACUCCUCCAUUCCACGGGCGCUGCUUCUAAAAACUCUUGCGCUCCCAUGGCUCGGCUCGCUCGCCUUCUCGACUUCUCCCGUAAAAGCUCACUGAAAGCAAGCGCAUGCCAAGAAGGCGAACAAGCAUGGCCACGCCCGUUCCAGCAGCAACAACGCUCCUCCCCGUCCUCUCGCUGAUGCUGCUCCUGCUGCGAACGGGCACCUGCGCCGACGACUACUCCGCGUUCGUGUACGCCGGGUGCUCGCAGGGGCGCUACGACGCCGGUUCGCAGUACGCGUCGGGCGUGGACUCCGUGCUCACCUCCGUCGCCAACAGCGCGCCCUACACCCCCUACGCUAACUUCACCCCGCCGUCCGCCGCCGACUCGUCCGUGGUCGGCCUCUACCAGUGCCGCUCCGACCUCCCCGCCUCCGUCUGCAGCGGCUGCGUCCGCUCCGCCAUCUCCAGGCUCUCCUCGCUCUGCGCCUGGGCCACAGGCGGGGCGGUGCAGCUGCGCGCAUGCUUCGUGCGCUACGGGAACGAUUCGUUCCUGGGCAAGCAGGACACAACCGUGCUGUUCAAGAAGUGCGGCGGCACGCCCGGGGACUCCAGCGGGGUGGCUAUGCGGGACUCGGCGCUCGGCGCGCUCGUGGCAGCGGCCGCGCCGGCCGGGGGAGGGUACCGCGCCGGGGGCUCCGGGGGCGUGCAAGCCAUGUCUCAGUGCGUGGGGGACCUCGGCGCCAAGUCGUGCUCCGACUGCGUCUCGGCCGCGGCAGGGCAGCUCAAGGUCGGGUGCGGCUACGCCACGGCCGGAGAGGUCUACCUCGGCAAGUGCUAUGCGCGCUUCUGGGCCAACGGGGGCGGAGGUUUCAGCAACAGCGCCGGCGGGCAUGGACAUGGCUUCGGGCUAGUCCAUGCUUUCGCCACCGGUUUCUUCGUUUCCUUGGCUUAUGUCUCACUUGCCGUAAAGCUAUAGUGGGAUUGUGACUUCGAGACUUGACGCUUGAGUAGUAGCUAUGCUUUUUUUAGUUAUCAUGCAUGUAUGAAUUGUGGCGCAGUACACUUUUUAGCUUUCUCUUGUGCUAAAGAAAAAGGAUGUUCUUGUAGCUUAACUGGGCUUCUCAAGUUUGUAA